CAUUUUUCUCCGGCUGUUACGUGAGGAAGGAUUUGUUUGUUUUACCUAACGUCAUGACUAUAAGCUUCCUGAGUCUUCUCCAGCCAUACCGAACUGGAUUAGUGCACUGGCAAAGCAUUCGGAUUACAGUGGAGAGCUGUGGACGGCAGAUACCGAAAACACCCCAGCCUUGCCGAUCCCAAAAACACACCAGCCCUGCCGAUCCCGAAAACACCCCAGCCUUGCCGAUCCCGAAAACACCCCAGCCCUGCCGAUCCCGAAAACACCCCAGCCCUGCCGAUCCCGAAAACACCCCAGCCCUGCCGAUCCCGAAAACACCCCAGCCCUGCGGAUCCCGAAAACACCCCAGCCCUGCGGAUCCCGAAAACACCCCAGCCCUGCAGAUCCCAAGGUAACCACGGCCUUCACUGACCACUCCCUUCGCCAGAGGCCCAGAAAGAACCUGCAGCAUGAUCACCUACCUGCUGCAUUUCCAACUCUAAGCAGCAAACUUCAAUGAGCCAAAGAGGAGUCCCCAAUGGGCAAGGGGACCAGAGAAGAGAAACAUGGUAAGUGUAAACCCAAAAGACAGUAAAAUGGGAUACAAUUGCCACUGAAAUCCCAGAGAUGUGGAGAAGUCCUGAAAAGUAGUUGUUAGAUUAAACAACUGGGCACACCUGACUUCCCCAAAAACGUAAUACAUGGAAAUUUCGGGGACAACUGGAAAAAUAGAGAAAUGCUCAAUGAAAACCGAGCUCUUCAACUCAAACAUCGCAGGGCUGAAACACAUCCUCUGUUACUCAGGCAAGGAUGCCUCUUGCCUUUUUAGCAAGGAUGCAACUGGUCAAUGACACCAAAUGGCU